AUGGUGAUGGUGAUGCAGGCAGAGACGGAGAUGGAGCGCAGGGCCUACGCGCGCGUGGGCCUCCUCGGCAACCCCAGGGACGUCUACGGUGGCCGCACCGUCUCCUUCACCGUCACCGGCCUCUGGGCCACCGUCCGCCUCCGCUCCUCCGACCAGCUCCUCGUCCAGCCCCACCCGCGCCACGACCUCGUCGCCUGCCCCUCCCUCCACGCCCUCGUAAGCGCCCCUCCCCCUCCCCCAACCCUCUCAAUGGAUAUAGAUACAUCAACGCUGGUGCAUGAACGGACAGAUCUAGCAAGCGCGAAUCAAUCCAUCCAUUGCACCGCGGCGCAGAUGAUGAUUAGAAUCAGAAUAGCACCACCAAUCUCAGUUCUUCCAGAUUAA